AUGAGGAGUGAUGAUCAGUACUCACUUGCUGCUGGUCACCCAUCAUACCAGAAUAGCUCCCAAAAUGGGACCACAUAUAUGGAGCAAUAUCCUUAUUUUUCCAACAUUAGAAACAAUAAUGGAGGCUGCGGCUAUGAUCAGAAUGUCCGAGAUCAAGACUACCAUGAUAGAUUUGCGCUGCAUUCUUUCCCCAGCACCUCCCAAAAUAGUACCGGACAUACGGUGCAUCCUUCUUCUUCCAACAUCGGAAACAAUAAUGGCGGCCUCGGCUAUAAUCAAAAUAUCCAAGACCAAGACUGCCGAGAUAGGUUUGCACUGCAUUCUUUUUCGAACAUCGGAUACAAUAAUGGCGGCCUCGGCUAUAAUCAAAGUAUCCAAGACCAAGACUGCCGAGAUAGAAUACUCGAUGCUGAUAGCACAAUACUUGAUACUGGCUCUCAAUUUAGAAGGGUAAGAUCGUUAGAAUCUGCAACGCCAGAUACUCUGAGGGUUUCUUCUUUGCCUAAUUCCCCAGUUUUUCAAUCAGAUCACGUAUCACUAUAUAAACUGAAAGGCAGAGUGGCUGUGGCAGCAAGAAGUCAAAGUCUGUAUCGGGUCUUGCAGGGCUUCCUUGAUGAGAGGAAGCCAGAUCUAAUUGAGAUGGUUUUCUUGGAAGUGAAAGAUUAUGUACAUGACUUAAUGGAAGAUCAGUUUGGUAAUCAUGUUAUUCAGAAGCUUUUUGAACCCCUCAUCAAAGAAAUAGCAGAAAGUUUUCUUGACAUUGCAAUGGAUAAAAGCGGAUGUUGUGUAUUGAACCGAGCUUUGGAUUGUGCGCAAGGGGAGCUUAAGCAUCUUCUUUUGCUUGAAACAAUAGCAAAUGCAAUGUUACUAUCGGAAAGUCCUUAUGGGAAUUAUGUCGUGCAACAUGUACUCGACGAACGCAUACAGCAUGCAACAAUCGGGAUACUAGAGAAGCUAAAAGGAUAUUUUGUGUCUCUCUCCAUGAACAAAUUUGGAAGUAAUGUCGUGGAAAAAUGUUUGAUAUGGAGCGGGGAGGAGAAUGCUUCAAUGAUUAUCGAGGAGUUUAUGCACAGCCCUUACUUUGUGAACAUCUGCCGUAAUAACUUCGGGAACUAUGUUGUUCAAAAGGCACUGGAAGUAUCAAAGGGAGGCAUUCGCAAUGCUCUUGUCAGUCGCAUAAAUGAUUCCUAUCCUGAUCUGUACAGUGAUAUUAAUGCAAAAAGGGUGGUCAGGAAAGCUCGAGAUAUCAGGUUCCGGAUAUAA